UUAUUUUUAGCAUUGCUUUUCCCGAAGGAGGUAUGUUAUCAAAAGUAUGGUUGCUUUAAACCUCAUCCAAACCCUCUGGUAAAGCAACCACAGAGCCCAUCCGAGAUUGGAGUACGAUUCAAUCUCUUUACAAGAGAAAACAGGAAUUCAGCAACGCUCAUUGAUGAUGAAAAUGAAUCUAAGCUCAGUGACUCUCACUUCAUUAUUUCAAGACCACUAACAAUUUUUGUGAUCCACGGAUUUACAGGUAAGAGCGAGAGCCAGGAGACUGAGAAACAAGUCGGUCACAGCCUAAUUAUUUUUUUAGGCUAGUUAUGGUUGUAUUUUUCGUGCUAGAAAUCUCUAAACUAAUCAGAAUCUGAACAGUGCUUCUGACUGUUCGCGCAGCGAGAAAAAAUUGCUUCAACCAAUCACAAGCACUACCCAGCUUUGGGAAGUUGCAAGUCAUUAUUAUGGAUUUCUGUAGUCAUUCACAGACGUCUUUUGAGGGGAAACCAGUGGGGUCGUCGCCAAACGAUGUCUGUUUUCUUAGGCUAUACAAUAACGUCAAAACGAAAGCGACAAAGUGAGAACAGACAGAUUUUGUGUAGACCUAGAUUUGUAAAAAUCUUUAGAACAGUAAACCGAACGAUCGGACAAAUGCCGCUCUUUACCAUUUAACUUUUCUUUAUAUUCUUCUCAAUCUUCAUGGAGCAAGAAUUAGUUCAUUUUUUGCCUCCUAACUAAGUAUAUAAGCUUUAGCCACAGACUUUCGGUGACUGACUCAUAAUUACUGCACAGAAAACAUUAACACCUGGGCCACAGAGAUGAAAAAUGCUCUGCUAGGACGCGAAGACUGCAAUGUGGUUUUGGUGGACUGGUCUGAAGGGGCUAAAGGACCGAAUUACCUCCAGGCAGCCGGGAACACACGGCUUGUGGGUGCUCAGACAGCCGAGCUUAUAAGGUUCAUGAUUUCGAGUAGCCCUGGAUCAGUCGGUUCGAUCGAUCGUUUCUACAUUGUGGGGUUCAGUCUUGGAGCUCAAGCAGCGGGAUAUGCUGGAAGCUAUUUGAAGCAUCAGGGAAUCAAACUGGGUCGUAUUACUGGUAAGGACUAACCUAAAAGCAAUUUUUACCAAACUGUUUAUAUUCAUUUGCCGGUUUAUCCAAUACUAAACAGCAAGGUCAAUAUUACAGCCACUUGUCACCUACUUUAUUUUAUUUUUCCUGGGAGUUCUCCUGAUUUUUCCUAAGGCAUAACUACUAUAACAGCUGUUGCUGCUAUUACUACCUAGCCACUGCUAAGUUUUGCUACCACUGCCAUUAACAUUACCACCACCAUUAUCACUACCACUACCAUCAUCACCACCAUUAUCACUUUCACUGCCAGUACCAUUACCACCACCAUUUUCACUAUCACUGCCACUACCACUAACACUGCCACUACCGCUACCACCACCAUUAUCACUAUCACUACCGCUACCAGUAUCACUUACCACUACCAAUACCACCACCAUUAUCACUACCACUACCACUGCCACUAGCACUAUAUCACUACCAUUACCAUUACCACCACCAUUAUCGCUACCACCACCAAUACCACUAGCACUAACAUUGCCACCACGAGAUUAUCACUAAUAUAUAGAUUUAGCCAGGGCUAAAAGCGAAGCUCCAAUUUUAAUAAAUUUAUAAUUUAAAUCAAACAAUAAACUUUUAAUCCACAAAUCAUUUAACUUAAGGGCACAUUCAUGUGACUUUUGCGGGAAAGGCUAAGUUAUUUUAGAGUGAAACAUCUUACAUCGAAUUGAUAACCUUAUAUGUACACCCAAAAAAUAGCAAACAUCUUCGAUCACAUUCAAGAUCACAGUAGAUUAGGCCUCGAAAACAAAUUCUUGGAAAACAAAUCACGCCAAAUUUUUUUGCGUUCGACAGGUUUACUUUACAAAUUCUUGCCAACAAAUCUGGGGGUGUUUAAACCAACCUUUUAUAAUUUUUAUACACCACAUUUGAGGUGAAACAGUACUAUUUAUCAUACAGAGCUCGGACAGAAUGCGGUAUUUCACAAUUUUUCAAGACAAAUUGCACUCAGUCAAUAUUCAGGACGAGCCAAACCGUUCAAAAAUUUCAGAAAAUUUCCAAAAUCACCCAUACGGCCAGCUGGUUCUCGUUUCUAUAGUGCGAGCUGUCAGUGUGGUCGAGUGUUUGAAUGAACUUUAACAGAGUUACGCUUCAACAUAAUAGCGAAUUUAUUAUUAUUUGUUUUGUUAUUUAAUGGUUUCAGUUAUAACGAUGUGUAAUCUUAUAAAGCGUUUGAUACGCGCGACAUUUUUGAGUACUUCUGCAAGCGAUGGUCAUGAACGAUGAAAACAAACGGCACGGACAAGCGAUUAAAAUUGCAAGAGAGAUUACUAACAAUAAAAAAAAGAGAUAUAAUUCCGUGAAACAUUUACAGAGACAACAAUUUUCAUUCACGAAGACAAGUAUUAAAGUGUCUCUAAAAAUCCUGAGUUUUUAAGCGUAUAGCUUAAGUUUAUGUUUUAGCCGGUUUCCCGGCGCGGUGUUUAGUGUUUUUGAACUCGAAGCAAGAAAAUCGCUCAAAGUUUUCUUUCUACAGCCAAAUUUAUAACUAAAUAUUCUUCGGAACGUUUUCUUUCUAUUUGUGGUGAGCAAAUAUAUCUCAAGGCUUUUUAAAGUUCUGUAAGCUUAUAUCAAACCUGAUACUAGGUCAGAUCAUUGACUCAAAUCCUGCAAACGUGCAUAAACUUGCCGCAUAAACUGUCAGCGUGAACUGUGCAAGACUUCAUGAAACACAAACAUCAAAUACAAUAAUUACUUAGGCUUACCAUUCGAGAUUCACUUCCUGGAAGCUAGCAAGGGAGGCCACAGUUGCUUGAGACUUUUAAACCCUCUUACGCAUAAAAGCAAGGUGAAAAACGAAAACGAUGCCCUCCGAAAUCGAAUUACCGAAUUUUGACAAGCGACGCAUUUCUCAACCAAAACCCAGUAAACAAACCAGCCAUGAAUAACAGAAGACUCUUGAUAGCAGCUGUAUUUCAUUUUGUACCUCCAGAGGAAAAAGACAGUUAAAAACGUCACAAGUUGACACAAAACUCUGUCAGCUUCAGCUGUCAAAGUAAACUACUUUCAAGAUGCUGAAUAAUUUUUCCGCAUAAACUCACCUGUCAAAUUUUGACCAAUCAGAGUAUAAAAAUUGGACGUAGAGCGUGACCAACGCGUGACCAUGGUAAGAUAAGGUCUUCCCCGCCUGUACUUUUAAAAAAACUUGAUGAAUUUUCGCUUCCGAGGUCAGUUUGAAAUCAAAAUCCCAAUAGUGCGGGGCCAUAGUGACAUAAACACAACAUAUUUGAUAUGAAUCCUUGGAAAAAAUAAACUUGAGCCUGCGAGUAUUUGAAACUGGUAUUUUGUCAGCGGAUAACUUUAAAAAAAUACUCGACCUCGAUGGGUCGACACUUGAGCCCGCGGUACGGUCAGGUGAUACUGGUCAGCGGAUGCCCUGUUUUGAUAGCUGUCAAUUGAUCACAACAUUGAUGUGCAGCCUGUGCAAUUAGUUUUCUCUUGGGCUCCCAAACUAGCUAAAAGUGUGAGAAUAAACAUUGGUUUUCCUGUGGUGCGGACGGACGGCGGGCGGUCGGUCGCUGUACGGUCAUGUGAUUACCAAAUUUUCUGGGAUGGGUAGAUUUACUUAGCAAUGGGGCUCCGGCCACUACCACUAACGCUAAUAUAUAGAUUUAGCCAGGGCUAAAAGCGAAGCUCCCAUUAAUAAAUUUAUAUUUUAAAUCAAACAAUGAACUUGUAAUCCACAAAUCAGUUAACUUAAGGGCUCAUUCAUGUGACUUUUGAGGGAAAGGAUAAGUUAUUUUAGAGUGAAACAUCUUACAUCGAGUUGAUAGCCUAAAUAUAUGUACACCCAAAAAAUGGCAAACAUCUUCUAUCACAUUCAAGAGCCAUAAUGGCUCUUGAUCACGGUAGAUUAGGCCUCGAAAACAAAUUCUUGGAAAACAAAUCAGGCCGCAUUUUUUUUUUUUGCGUUCGACAGGUUUACUUUUUACAAAUCCUUGCCAACAAAUCUGAGGGUGUGUAAACCAACCUUUUAUACUUUUUAUACAUCACAUCUGAGGUGAAACAGUACUUUUUAUCAUACAGACCUCGGACAGAAUACGGCAUUUCACAAUUUUUCAAUGUUCAGGACGAUCAAUCGUGGGCUUUUAGCGAAACCGUUCAAAAAAUUGCCAAGAUCACCCAUACGUCCAGCCGGUUCUCAUUUUUAGUGCGAGCUGUCAGUGUGGUCGAGUGUUUGAAUGAACUUUAAUGGAGAUACGUCUCAACAUAAUAACGAAUUUGUUAUCAUUACUUUUUGUUAUUUAAUGGUUCCAGCUAUAACGAUGUGUAAUCUUAUAAAGCGUUUGAUACGUGGGACAUUUCUAUGUACUCCUGCAAGCGAUGUUCAUGAACGAUGAAAACAAACACCACGGACAAGCGAUUAAAAUUGCAAGGGAGACUACUAACAAUCAAUAAAAGAAAUAUAAUUCGGUAAAACAUUUACAGAGACAACAAUUUUCAUUCACGAAGACAAGUAUUAAAGUGUCUCUAAAAAUCCUGAGUCUUUAAGCUUUAAUAAAGCUAAAGCUUAAGUUUAUUUUGUUUUACUUUCAGUCGGCCUCCCGGUGUUUGUUUUUUUUUUCACAGAUGAACUCCUCGAAGCAAGAAAAUCACUCAAAGUUUUCUUUCUACAGCCAAAUUUAUAACUAAAUAUUCUUCGGAACGUUUGUUUUCUAUUUGCCGUGAAAAAAAAAAUCUGAAGGCCUUUUAAAGUCCUGUAAGCUUAUAUCAAACCUGAUACUAGAUCAGAUCAUUGACUCAAAUCUUAACAAACGUGCAAAAACUUGCCGCAUAAACUGUGCUCGACUUCAUGAAAUUAGAUAUAACAAAAACAAACAUCAAAUACAAUAAUUACUCAGGCUUACCAUUCGAGAUUCAGUUCCUGAAAGAUAUCAAGGAAGGCCAUAGUUGCUUGAGACUUUUAAACCCUCUUACGCAUUGAGCAAGGUGAAAGACGAAAACGAUGCCAUCCGAAAUCGGAUUACCCAAUUUUAGCAAGCGACGCAUUUCUCAACCAAAAACCCAAUAAACAAACCAGCCAUGGAUAACAGAAGACUUUUGAUAGCAGCUGUAUUUCAUUUUGUACAUCCAGUGGAAAAAGACAGUUAAAAACGUCACAAGUUGACACAAAACUCUGUCAAAGUAAACAACUUUCAAGAUGCUGCAUAAAUUUUCCGCAUGAACUCACCUGUCAAAUUUUGACCAAUCAGAGUACAAAAAUUGGACGUACAGCGUGACCAACGCGUGACCAUGGUAAGAAAAGGUCUUCCCCGCCUUUAUUUUUUAAAAAAGUGGCUGAAUUUUUCGCGUCCGAGGUCAGUUUGAAAUCAAAAUCUUGACAGUGCGGGGCCAUAGUGACAUAAACACAACAUAUUUCAUAUGAAUCAUUGGAAAAAAUAGACUUGAGCCUGCGAUCAUUUGAAACUGGUAAUUUGUCAGCGGAUAACUUCAAAAAAGUACUCGACCUCGAUGGGUCGACACUUGAGCCCGCGGUACGGUCAGGUGACACUGGUCAGCGGAUAUCCUGUUUUGACAGCUGUCAAUUGAUCACAACAUUGAUGUGCAAUUAGUUUUCUCUUGGGCUCCCAAACUAGCUAGAAAGUGUGAGAGAAAACAUUGGUUUCCCUGUGGUGCGGACGGACGGUCGGGCGUACGGUCACGUGAUUACCAAAUUUUCUCGGAUGGGUAGAUUACCACAUUUCCUUAGCUAUGGAGCUCCGUCCACACGCGCGCGCUUCGCGCGCGGGUGGAGCUCCGCUAUCAUUACCACGAUUAUUACCACUUCCACUGCCACUACCACUACCAUUACCACCACCAUUACCACCACCACUACUACACUACCACCAGCAUUACCGUCACCACUACCACUUUCACAACCGACUACCACUACCAUUACCAACACCAUUACCACUAUCACAGCCACUAUGACUAUCAUAACCACCACUAUUUUUAGUACCACCACCGCUACCACUGCGUUCACCAUUACUACUUCCACUAUGAGUUCCACAACUUUGCUUCUGUUGUUAUCUACUUGACUGUUAUAUUAUUCUUUUCUGGUGGGAUGAAAGGCUUGGAUCCUGCCGGUCCUAAGUUUACAAACGCGGAAAAAGACUUUCGACUUGAUGAAAGUGACGCCAGCUAUGUCGACGUGAUUCACACCAAUGCAGGAGUUUUGGGAACAAGCCAGAGGGUUGGAGACAUCGACUUUUAUCCAAAUGGUGGUAAACAUCAGCCCGGAUGUCUAGUCAAUGGUAGGUUAAAA